AUGCCCACUUCAGUCAAGCCCAAGGAGACCUUGCGCGUCGCCAUCUCUGGUGGAGGGCCAGCGGGCCUCGCUGCUGCCAUUGCCCUCCGCGAGGUGCCCGGCGUCGAUGUCACAAUCUACGAGCAAGCUACCGAGCUUCGCGAGGUCGGCGCCGGCAUCCGUAUCGGGUUCAACUCGUGGAAGGUCCUCGAGUUGCUCGGCGUUGAGGAUAAGGUGUACGGGCACAAGAAGGUUGUGCAUGAGCAUAGGGAUGGCACGACUGGAGAGUUGCAGUAUCGUUACCCUGCGCACUAUGGGCCAGACAAGUACCACGACAUUCGGGCCCGGCGGACAGUGCUGCAAGCUGCCUUGCUGAGCAAAGUGCCCACGGAGGUCAUCCAGCUGCGGAAGCGUCUCAUCACGACGAAGCAGCUCCCCGGAGGCCAGGUGCGCCUCAACUUUGAGGACGGCACCAGUGCAGAUGCGGAUCUGCUGAUUGGCGCGGAUGGCAUUCGAUCGGCGGUGCGUGACUCGGCAUUCCCCGGCCACGAAAUCAGGUUCAACGGCACGACAAUCUGGCGUUGCCUCAUCCCUCUCGACCUCGUCAAGCACUCGGUGCUGCUCAAGUCGACGGCGUUCCACCAUGGGCCCAACACCAACCUCAAAUGCUCCAUCGUGUCAACUGCUGAAGAGAUAGCCGCGGGUGAGGGACAGUGGGAGAUGACUCUACGAUACCGGGAGGACCCCGCCAAGGUGACGGAGAAGAAAUUCUCUUGGGGCGUGCCAGUGUCCAACGAGCGCGUCGCGAGUCACUUCACCGCCUUCACACCCGCCAUUCAAGAGGCCAUUAGCCUUGCGCCGGAGGGAGUGUGGAAGGAGUUUGCGGCAUUCUCCGGUCCCCGCCUUGAGCAUAUCAUUGCCAACGGGAACACGACCAUCAUUGGCGACGCGUCACACCCUCUACUCGGCGCGUUCGGAUCUGGGGCGGCAUUCGCAAUGCAGGAUGGGUGGCUCUUGGCUCAGAUCCUCCGGUACUACCUUUUGGACCAGGUACUGCCAAAGCAGGACGCACUCGCACAGACACUCGAGCUCUUUGACAACAUCAGGUCGCCAUACUACCAUCGCAUGUACGACUACCUCGACAGUCCCAACGCAGAGGGGUCAGCCAAGGGGAGCACACUCACGGCGGAUCCCAAAGCGCCGCUGUACUGGAUCUUUGGGUCGGAUAUUGGCGCGCAGUGGGAGGAGAUCCGGGCGGGGUUGCCAUAG